CCUGAAGUUCAUACCCGGGCGCAUGCGUACUCGCCUCUCUUCCAGCCUGCUUCCGCAGCCCUGGAGUUGGACCCGGCUUGGGUGGGCCUCGACAGCGGCGGCAUCGGCGACGGCGAUAGUGACAGGGACUGCGUGAGUCCCGGACGGAAAUGGCGAUGGCGAUGUCAGACAGCGGGGCGAGCCGCCUGCGGCGGCAGCUGGAGUCGGGCGGCUUUGAGGCGCGGCUGUACGUGAAGCAGCUCUCGCAGCAGUCGGACGGAGACCGAGACCUGCAGGAGCACCGGCAGCGCAUCCAGGCGCUGGCGGAGGAGACGGCGCAGAACCUGAAGCGCAACGUCUACCAGAACUACCGGCAGUUCAUAGAGACGGCCCGCGAGAUCUCCUACCUGGAGAGCGAGAUGUAUCAGCUCAGCCACCUGCUGACCGAGCAGAAGAGCAGCCUGGAGAGCAUCCCGCUUACCCUACUGCCGGCUGCCGCCGCCGCCGCCGCGGGGGCCGCCGCCGCCUCCUCCGGAGGGGAGGAGGGGGGAGGCGGCGCGGGGGGCCGCGACCACCUCCGGGGCCAGGCUGGCUUUUUCCCCAGCCCCGGGGGCGCCUCCCGCGACAGCUCUGGGCCAGGCGAGGAAGGAAAGCAGCGCACUCUCACCACCCUGCUUGAGAAGGUGGAAGGGUGCAGGCACCUGCUGGAGACGCCGGGACAGUACCUGGUGUACAACGGGGACCUGGUGGAAUACGAGGCGGACCACAUGGCCCAGCUGCAGCGGGUGCACGGCUUUCUCAUGAACGACUGUUUGCUGGUGGCCACCUGGCUGCCACAGCGGCGGGGGAUGUAUCGCUACAACGCCCUCUAUCCCCUGGAUGGUUUGGCCGUGGUCAAUGUCAAGGACAACCCGCCCAUGAAGGACAUGUUCAAGCUGCUCAUGUUUCCCGAGAGCCGUAUUUUUCAAGCGGAAAACGCAAAAAUCAAACGAGAGUGGCUGGAAGUGCUGGAGGAAACCAAGAGGGCCCUCAGUGAAAAAAGACGCAGGGGGCAGGAGGAGGCAGCUGCCCCUCGAGGGCCACCGCAGGUGACUUCCAAGGCUGGCAACCCAUUUGAGGACGAAGACGACGGCGAACCAGCUGUUCCCGAGGCAGAGGAAGAGAAGGUGGACCUCUCAGUGGAAUGGAUCCAGGAAUUGCCUGAAGACCUGGAUGUCUGUAUUGCCCAGAGGGACUUUGAAGGGGCCGUCGACCUGCUGGAUAAGUUGAACCGUUACCUGGAAGAUAAGCCCAGCCCACCUCCUGUAAAAGAACUAAGGGCCAGAGUGGAUGAGCGUGUCCGCCAGCUCACUGAGGUGCUAGUGUUUGAACUCUCCCCGGAUCGGUCCCUGAGAGGUGGUCCCAAGGCUACCCGCCGGGCGGUUUCUCAGCUAAUCCGGCUUGGCCAGUGCACGAAGGCUUGUGAGCUGUUUUUGAGAAACAGGGCAGCAGCUGUGCAUACUGCAAUACGCCAGCUUCGCAUUGAAGGUGCCACUUUACUCUACAUUCAUAAGCUCUGCCACGUCUUCUUUACCAGCCUUCUGGAGACCGCCAGGGAAUUUGAGACGGACUUUGCGGGCACCGACAGUGGCUGCUACUCUGCCUUUGUGGUCUGGGCGAGGUCAGCCUUGGGCAUGUUUGUGGAUGCUUUUAGCAAGCAGGUGUUUGAUAGUAAGGAGAGCCUCUCCACAGCGGCUGAGUGUGUAAAAGUGGCAAAGGAGCACUGUCAGCAGCUGGGCGACAUCGGACUAGACCUCACCUUCAUCAUCCAUGCCCUCCUGGUGAAAGACAUACAAGGGGCCUUGCACAGUUACAAAGAAAUCAUCAUCGAAGCCACUAAGCAUCGCAACUCUGAGGAAAUGUGGAGGAGGAUGAACUUGAUGACUCCAGAGGCCCUGGGGAAACUCAAAGAGGAGAUGAAGAGCUGUGGAGUGGGUAACUUCGAGCAGUACACGGGGGAUGACUGCUGGGUGAAUCUGAGUUACACGGUGGUUGCUUUCACCAAACAGACCAUGGGCUUCUUGGAAGAGGCACUGAAGCUGUAUUUCCCGGAGCUGCACAUGGUGCUUUUGGAGAGCCUGGUGGAAAUCAUUUUGGUUGCUGUUCAGCACGUGGAUUACAGUCUUCGGUGUGAGCAAGAUCCAGAGAAGAAGGCUUUUAUCAGACAGAAUGCAUCCUUUCUGUAUGAAACGGUCCUCCCCGUGGUGGAGAAAAGGUUUGAGGAGGGUGUGGGGAAACCCGCCAAGCAACUCCAGGACCUGAGAAAUGCAUCGAGACUGAUUCGUGUGAAUCCCGAAAGUACAACGUCAGUGGUCUGAUACCUGGACCUGUUUAUGUGUAUCCGUGUAUAUUGCUUAUGGAUUAUUUAUAUUAAGUUGCAGUAGCAUAUUCUUUAUAGUCUCAAACAUGUCUUAAAAAUAAAAGAUGCCUUCUCGGAUAGAAGUGCAAAAUCAAAAGGAGAAAGAAAAAAAAUGUUAAAUUAAGGCCAUAUGACAGAAACAUUGGAAUUAUUAAAAUAUAUAAUAUGCUUUCCUUUUAAAUUAUGCAGCUCUCUAAUGCAUAUAUCAUCACACUAUAGCAUUUCAGCUUAUCCUUUGACCCACGACACACUUUCUCACAGUGCAGAUUAUGUAGCGCUGAUAAACAGUUUCUGUAAAUACAGAGUUUAAGUAUGUUGUGAAUGUCUCCCUGUUCACAAAAAUGUUAGGUUUCUUAGGGUACUGUGCCAUAUAAAACCCCCUGUGCCCUAUACUUCCACACCUUAAAAUGUGUCUGAACAAUUUGGGGGAAAGAAAGGAGUUGAGGAAAUUGGUUUUAGGGUAAACUUUGGUCAAAAGAAUUCCUUCAUGAAGGUAGCUAGUGUGUGGACUUGAGUACUCCAAUCCUUAUAGAGCACAAGAGGAAGCUGUCAUAAACACAGUUCCAACGUAAUUUAAAUGGUUCAUCAUUUUUAGCUGCUAAUUAGCAGCUUGAUAACACUUGAUUUGGGAGCAUUUACUUGAAAAUCUUAAGAACUAUCAUCAAAUUUUUUUUUUACGUAUUUCUGAGUUGUCUGAAGUUCCCUUUUAUCAUAUUAAAAAAAAUAAAAAACAAGACACAUUGAAGAACCUGACAGCGCUUUGGUGUGGGUUACACAUAGUGGCUCAGACUUCAUGCAAGUGGGAGAAAAGUUUUCAGAUUUCAGGGUCUGGGUGGGUGGGAAAUUAGGGAAAAUCCUAUGCAGACCCCACGGUGUUCUUAAGUAUGACUGCUUUGAGCAGAAAUUUGUUUUUGUUUUUUUGUGGCUAAGUGGAUAGCUUUUCGUGGCUAAGGGUAAGUGUUUUUUCGUCUCACAGAAAAAUGAGACAGUGUGCCCAAAGGAAGGGGGAAAAACCUUUGGUGACUCCUAAAAUGCUCCAGGCUGCAUUUUUCAUGUUUUAUUUUUAAAUUUUAUUUGUUUCUCAAACUGAAUAUAAUGCUUACUUCAGAUUGUUUAGUAAACAAAAAUAACUAAAGAAAUUUGAGCUUCCCGAGGUUUCUAAACUUGCAUCCAUUGUAUAUUGAUUAUCUGGCCUUCCUCAUACCUGGAGAGAAACUGCUAAGACCCAUUUUUCCCCUAACUUCUAGUUGUGAUUCUUGUCCCUAAGUGUCAUUUCUGAUGCCGAUGACGUGAAAAGGUCGUUUCUUUUAUCUGAAGGAAAAUAGUGGUAUUAAGACUGUGGGAAUUAUGUAAAACCUAAAAUAGCUUCUAAUAGCAGGUUAGGGUUGUAAAGCUCCUUGACUUAAUUACUCAUAUGCCAGACGAGCCUCUUAUUUUAUAUUUAGCUAUGCAUAUCUAAAAGGUUGAAAAUUAUCAAAGUUAAAGAUUUUCUUUGACUUUUUUUCACAUAACUUUAGCAUUUACUAGAUAAUAACCAUAACUGGAUAUCUCAGUUGAACAAAAACAGUUAUAAUCUGCCUUUUUGUUUUUUAAGAUCACUGGAGACUUGAAUUUGAUAAAAAUUAUAUGAUUAUUUUAUGCCACUUAAAGUUUCCAAAAUUAUAUUGUAUGAAACAUGUAUUGUGUCUAUAUUUGAUGCUGGAUCCAUGAAAUGAUACUUCUGAAAUCAAAACUUCUCUUACGGCAUGAAGUGUUAAAAACCUCAGUGCAUAUGCUCCCAGAUGCUAUUUCAAUGGUAGCCUUUUCACAGAACUGUCUGCUUUUUAAAACUGGAAGUACAGAAUUUUCUUCUGUUAAAAGUUGUGUGUUCCUUAAAGUUGUAGCUGGAGGAAUUAGGCUGUUGGUGAAUCAGUUUGUGUGGGAAGUUGAUUAAAGACCAUCGAUGUUGCAACGUGCCUUUGUGCCAGGACAGAGCAAUUUCACUGCAUUUCCUCCAAAUGGGGUCAGAGCUCUUCUCUCUAGUUCUCGUUCAGUAAGACACCAAAACAAGGUCUGAAAACGGAAUGCGGUUAGAGAUUGCCCGAAAAUAUAGUACAUACGGUAUUAUACCAGUUAAGUGUUGAUUGCCUUGUCUCGGUUGCUUUGAAGAUAACACUCACUUGAGCUUGAAAUCAGACUUGAUUGAAUUAGUGUUGAAGAAAGAUGCCCUGUGGAAUUAAGUCUGUUUUUGAUUAAAGCCUCAUCUCACUUAAGUGCUGAAAACUCACUUAUUUUUGUUUAGAACACUACCUAUCGUUGUCAUCAGCACUUGUACUUUGCAACUUGCUUUCCUGGGAUUGGGAAUUCGGGACUUGACGUGUAGUAUAAAAUCAGUAUGUGUACAUUUUGCUUAUUGGUAUGCUGUGAUCUGAGGGAAUCUGAAAUGUUUUACCAAAAUAAAGCUGAAAAUUUUUCUUACA